AGAAAACACAGGAUUAUACCCGAUUGUACGCGAUGACUGCACCGAACAGGUUCAGUUUCUCCGUCAGGAGCAUCCUGGAUUUACCUGAGAAGGAGGCGGAGGCUGCGCCGCGGUCCUCUUCGGUUCACUCCUCCUGCUCCUCCAGCUCACCAUACACCUCCUGGGUCGAGUGUGAUCGGAGCCCCAGCAUGUCUUCUGAUGAAGGCAAUUUGGAACUGUCCCCCGACUCAACCAAGCCGGAUGAUUCGUCCCUUGAUUUGGAGCCAGAGAGGAUCAAGAAGAGCAAGAAGCGCCGCGUCUUGUUCUCCAAAGCCCAAACUCUGGAGCUGGAGAGACGCUUUCGCCAGCAGCGCUACCUGUCCGGACCGGAGAGGGAGCAGCUGGCACGGCUCCUCAACCUCACACCGACCCAGGUCAAGAUCUGGUUCCAGAACCACCGCUACAAGAUGAAGAGAGGCCGGGCAGAAGGCGCGCUGCCUCCGGACGCAGACAUACCGCAGCCUCCGCUGCUGCGCAGGGUUGUUGUUCCGAUUCUGGUCCGGGACGGGAAGCCGUUUCACACCUGCUUUAUUGAAACGGAGAAAGUGGGCUGCUUAACCUCUCCUGCUCCUCCUCAUCCUCAGGCAGCUUCCUUCCACUUAGCUUUCCCUCCACUCCAGCACCCCUCCACUGCACCUCUUCCUCCCCGGUACCAACAGCACUUUCCAGCUGCGGCGGCCUCCAGGUUUGCUUGGAGGGACUUUUGGAGCGACUCGGUUCCCUUUAAUCCUCUGAAAUGAGGCUCCUCAUAAAGAAGCACAUACUCAUUUAGAAUGGCAUCAAAUGUUUUCUAAAUGUUUAAAACAUUUUUUGAGCUACUUAAACAUUUAGAUUUUAGAACAAAUACUAUUUUGCACAUUUUGUUGGAAUAUGUUUGGUGUUGGGGUUAUUUUUAUAUAAAUGAUGAAAGAUCUUUCUUUGAUACUCUUGUACUGUAGGAGAUUUUUAAAGUGAUAAUGCAUUUUGUAUUGUUUUUCUCUUCCCAUCUUUAUAUGUUUUUAAUUAUGUGUAUAUAUAACUUUACGCAUUUCAGUAGUUAAAGAGUGGUUCAUCCUAUAUGAAGAAAUCAGCCUGUAGUGUCAUUGUAUAAAGGAAAAUGUAAUAUUUAGUUAUUUUAUUUUAUUUUGUCUUCCUUUGAACUGCCUUUAAAGUUUAAACUGUUUCAUCAUGUUGCAAAAAAUUUUAUGAAUAAACCCUUCUAUUUUGGAAUAAUUCAUUUUUGAGUAUUCUGCU